CGAUGGCGCGGGAUAUGUCUGAUAAGGAAAUCCUGAAAAUGGAGUUGGAACAACUUCAGAAGGAAGUGAAGAACACUAGAGAGCCUGUCUCUAAAACUGCAAAGGAGAUUUGUGAAUGGGUUGAGGCCCAAGCUGCAGAAGAUCCUCUCAUAAAAGGAGUUCCUGAGGACAAAAACCCCUUCAAGGAGAAGGGUGGAUGCAUAAUAACUUAGCACAUGUGAUUUCCUGUGGGUGG